CUACUAUAGUUAAUGUAACUAGGUUCCUGCUUGGAGGUAUUGGUGACACAGUGCUACUAGCCACGGAAGCCCGUUAAGCGAAAAAUUCUUCUAUUCCGUCCACAACCAUUUGAACGGUUUGAACCAUCUGGACCUCAAGGCCAAUGAUUCCCAAAACUUCAAAUGACUACAAACAACCCUUCGAAGGACAAUAAAGCUGAUUACUUGAGACGCUACCUCGAACCUGUGGGUAGUAAAAAGAAACGGAAAGUAGUUAACGACAUCACAGUGAAAUACAUCUCUGGUGAUCUCCCUGAAACUCUAGAUGCAUUCUAUAAAACAGAUGCAGAUGGUUUUGAAUUUCCUUCAGAUCCAUCGUUCGUAGAACCAUUACCUACAGUGGUUCGACAAGCAACUUUACUCAAAGACAAAAAGUCAAAACAAGGAGACAAAUCGAGAAAGGAGGCCGAGUUGGAAGCUAGAUACGAUGUAUGGAAUAAAGGCAUCAAAACUCUAGAAGAAACUUAUAAUAAACUUAAGGAACAGGAAUAUGAAAGUUCAAAACCACUGGCACGAUAUGCUAGUGAUAAAGAUCUUACAGAACAUUUGAAGUCACAAAUACAUUCUGAAGAUCCUAUGGCUCAGUAUUUUGUUCGGAAAUCAGCUAAGAAGAAGCGGCAAAAGAAAAGUCACAAAAAGAAAAAACAUAAACGUAAGUCCAUAUAAAUGACGUUCAGUGGGUAUACAAAGUUUAUAGUUGUGCUUGUGUAUCUAUCUGAACUGACCACUUUAUCUUACAUUAAAUGAGUGCUGACCACACAAUUCAGUUACCCACUGGAUUAUCCAUAGUGACAUCUCAAUCGGAGACUUUGCAUAGUUUCUAAAUCAUCCCCGACUUUCUUAAAUCGACAACCUCCCGAUGGGAAAUAGAAAUGUUGAUGUAAUCUGUGUGAUUUUGGAAAAGUUGACCAACAAAGUUAUGUAAUCACAAUCUGAAAACAUGAUUAAGACACAUUUUGCGUUAGUAACUCAACCGUUUUACAUGAAAGCCAAUAGUAAAUAAGAGUAGUAAAAGUUGGACAAAGAUUACCGUAACAUAAAAACAUAGCAAUAGGCCUGUUGCUAAAACUGUUAAAUAAUAAAUAAAAUGAUAUGAACUAAAUAAUUCUUUUUUAAUUAUGUACUUCACCACUACAACAGAUUCUUAGCCUAUGCAUAGGAUGCAACUAGAAACUCCCGAUAAACUCCAGUGAUCAGUGGAUUAUUGUCACAUUUCUAUUUCGUCGUCUUAGAUUCCCCCCAAUUCAGGUCUAUUCCAACAUGUAUUAUACGUUAACUGAGGCUUCUAUUAGUCAUAUGCAACAUAAAUGACAACCAUUUAUGUAGAAACUAUUAUCUUCCUAAUUAUAAUUAUUAGUGCUAUUUUCCUCGUGUCAAAAUUAUUUAGUCUUGUUCACUUAAUACCCAUUGUUUAUCUUCACUUUUUACUUUUCCUUUGUUUUUUUCCUUCAAAAACUCUAAAAUUACUGUUUCAUUGGUUGCAUAUUUCUCGUGAGUUGUAGUUUUCAAAUCCAUCAGUAUUUCGGAGUAGUAGCUAGAAGUAUUUAUUUAUUUAUUUAUUUGAACACAUAAAUUUUAGUACAAAAGGGGCACCGAAUACGUACGCGGCACACAAUUCACUUCGUUUGUGUGUGUGGGCUGUUAUACUGUCCGGGUGCCCAGACCGAAGCAGGUGAUUUUCUUAGAGGGUCACACACAGGGCCUUCGACUUAAUGGUUUGAUCCACAAGGCAAUGGAGCAGCGUCAGUAGAUGCAAUUCCAUGUUAGCCAGUGACCAAUGAUUGGUUCAUACGUCAUUUGUUCCUUCAGAAUACUGGAGCGUAUAUCCACCAUUGGUUUGGAAUCAGGAUUUUCCAAUUCCUCUAGGUGGAUCCUCCAUAUCCACCAACCCGGUUAAAGCGCCGGGUAUUGACUUUUCGUCCUUUCAAUUUCGUAAACAAUAGUAAUGCCGCUAGAAGGCAGUGAUUGUAUGCAUGUGGUCAUGUGAGAGUAUUUGGAGAGGGAGAGAUGACUCUCCCCACCCUUGGUCGUACCAGGGCAUUUGGGGGUAUUGCAUCAUUUACUAAACCACUGUCCUAUACUUUGUUAACUUUUAUUUGUCUUAAAACAUCUUUCAACUUAUUUCUAAAAAAUGAACUCCAAAUAUUGCAAAACUUCCGCUUUCUCACUGAGUUGGAUGCUUUUUUAUGGUGGAUAUACGUUUGACCUAUUAACCUCUCGUAAAUGGCCUUCUCUCUUUUUGCUCACUUAUGAAGAAAAAGUCUAACUUGUUUAUAAUUUAUAGCAUAUGACUACACAAAUUGUGUUAAUGUUUAUUUCAACCUCGUCUAUUUCUCUGCCUCUAAUUCAAAUUCCAUACUCUGGUCAAUAAAUUUCAAGAUUUUCUAAGGACUAAUAAUCAUUUGAGCAACUAGUUCUUUCGAAGUUUUGCAUGUAUCAUCGAUGUACUUUUUCAAUGAUAAAACUGAUCACUUUACUCAUCUUCUAUUAUUUUGAUACACCGUUUUGUAUAUGGCUAUCUAUAGAUUCAUCUCAUUCCGACAUCUCACACUCAUCCCAAUCAGACGAUAGUGGUGAUGAUGAAGGAGAAGAUGAUCGACCCCGUUACAAAGGUCCUGAACCACCUCCAAAUCGUUAUAAUAUAUGGCCUGGUUUCCGUUGGGAUGGUGUGGAUCGUAGUAAUGGCUUUGAAAAAAAAAUAGUUGAAGAUCAAACUCGCCGACGAGUUGAACGUGAAAUAGCUCAACGCUGGGCAGUUGAAGAUAUGUAAAAUUAAUAACUUACAUUAUUAUUGUUUGUAAAGUUUCUAUUCAUUGCACGAUGUACAGAUGUAUUAUGAUAUUAUAUAUUUUCACAUUAGAGACUUUUAGUUCAAUCUUGUAAGUAAAGCGUUGUUUGAUGUGCCGCACAUAAUCAGCCUUUCUGUGAAAUCAUGAACUGUUGAUUGUUCACUUUAAGUAACUUAUUUUCUUAUCAAUCCUAGAACUAUAAUAGAAUUCGUCACUUAUUGAGCUUCAAAUGGUUAUUAUCUGUCAGUCUGAUCUAUUCUCUGAACUCAUUGCUCAUUGUUAUGUAGUAACUUAAUUACUCGAUUCAUAAGAACAGAAACAAUGUCGCAAAGUAGGCCAUUGGGGAAAUCGUACGGUAUCUCCCUCUGAAAUGAAUACUUAACUCAUCUCUAGCAGCUGAGAGGAAAAGAACAGUUAGUCUUUUUGCAACCUCAUCUGUUGACGAAACGGUGCAAAACACAUGUCUGUCAAUAAGAGAUUCAUGGGUAUUCUUGAGAAUAAGACGCUAUGGAUCUCGGUCGUGAAGCGUCACAAUCAACUUCACGCACUUGUUUUGAAAAAUCAAGAGACUUUUUACAUCAUUUUUCUGAAUAGUUCUGUUUGAACUUUUGGAAGCUUUUGCAUUUCUCAGCACCUGGUUAGUUAUUAUUUUUGUUAUAUCCGAGUGGAGAUUAAAUUACAGGUAACUCCCGAGGACUAUUAAUGAACUAAUAUUCUAUAAAUAUUCUUAUUGUAUAAUUAUUCAACAAUUACAUUACGUAUAUUUAUACUCCUCUUAUUAUAAGCUUUAUUUUGAUUUAUAAUUUAUUAUUAUAUGAUUUACGGUUCUUAAUCUAUGCUCAGUCUAUUAUUCACUGUCCCCCUCGUUCACAGCCACUUUUUGGCUUAUUUGUGUACAAAUAUUAUUUCCUAUUUUAUGGUACGUUGCGGUCUGUGUGAUUGAUAUAUAAACCAAGUAUGCAUGAAAUAAACGAUCUGCUCGGAUUCGGAAGCUGGUAUCUUGUUCUGGACUCAAGUGGAAGGGCUCGUA